CCCAUUGUCACCAUUUUUGAGCUAAAACGACCACAUUUACGUUUAGUUUUCCGUCUAAAAACGAAAACGAUCCCCUGGCGGGGGAAUGAUGCAGUUAAAACUUGGAAUAAGAAAAUUAAUCCCCGUUUUACUGCUAUGCGUGCAAGUGGCGUUCAACUUUAAAAUCACGGUGACAAGAGGUGAGUUGUUUUUUUUAUUUGAUGAAUUUACGUAACUCUGAUCAAGUCUAAAAUAUUCUCUAUAACGCGUCAACAGAUAAAUCUAAUCACUCAAACACAUGGUUCAUUUUAAAAGAAAGCCCUGACCAGUAUAUCAAAGGGAUCUUCUCCCAGAUAAGGAGAUCAAUGGUAUGCAAACACAGUCAAUUCAUAUUUGUUAGGCCUCCAUUCUUGAAAGACGCAUAUAGUUUCUUGAAUAUGUUAUUUCUUUCACGUUCAUUCACUUCUAGAUCCAAAGACCACAGUAUCAACAGACACAAUAUAUAUUUUAUUCCAUCUAAUCAGUAAUUUUAAAAAUAUUUAGUUAUUUUAAAAAACAUUUUCUAGACAUAAAAUUAUCGACAAUUAACCGUUUUACACCCCGUGACAAACACCUUACGCGUUCUAUCGUCGUUUCUUUCAGUUUAAUUUUUAUAAAAUGUAUCUUAGGCUGAGAAGAUAUCUUAAAGCACUUGCUUGACUCUUAACCUGUAAUCUUACAAUAUUUUGAGGUAUAGUUUGAUUCUAAAAUUUCUGCUCGUCCUUUGCUAUUGUUAUCUCAAAAUUUCACGAUUUGUUUCACAGAAACUGGUACCAGUGACCGAAAAGGGAGUUGUCGGUUUGACCCUUUUAAGUGAACUAUAUCUUGCCACCAGAGAGACAUACGAGAUUAAAGAGCGAUUAUCUUUUUAGUGAGAGCAUCUUUCUGCGUUUGCUUAAUUUUAAAAGAUCUUACAUAUUUUGCUCCUUAACAGUCUUUUUAUCAUUUCUGAAUGUAUUUUAAAAAUUCUUUUGAAAUGCGAAGGUAAGAAUUUGAUUAGUGUGUGUAAUCAAAUGGUGACGAGUGAGAUAACGGAAUAAUUUCACGCAUGUUUUGUCAAAAUUCUCAUAAUUUCCCGAGUCUUUAGGAGAUGCGCUCUUUCAUGAGUUUAUGUUUCUAAUGCGUCUUUUGAUGCCCUGGCAUCUUCAUUCAUAACUUUUGUAAAACCUCGACGCCAUCUUGGCACUAAGACGGCCCCGUUUACACGGGUCUAGACAAAUUACACUGGUCUAGACAAAUUUUCUGGGACAAAAACUUGAACGGAUCCGCCUUUCGUUUGCACGGAACCAGCUGAACCGUGCAACUUUUGUUGAACGGCAAACUGUAGUGCAAUCUGUAACAGUAUUUGGACGGUUCCGUGUAAACGGGUUGCACAGGUAAAAAAUUCGUUCACUGAAAAAUUUCCCCGGACCCGUGUAAACGGGACCAGAGACAUACCGAACGUUGUCAUAGCAACUAAGUAAUUUCACGUGAAUGUGAAAUUAUAAACAAACGCUAAACGUUUGCGCCAAAAUUUAGGAAGCCUGCGUAGCUAGCGCUUCAGUGUGGUUUCGGAGCAAAGAUUAACCGAAAUCGCACAAAAAGCUUGCUACGCAGGCUAAAAUUAAGGAUAUUGAUAAGGUAAGUGAUUGGGCAACCACUUGAAGGUGAAUUAUCUUUUCCUCCUGACUCAUUACUAGUUUUUUGAUUUUUCUUUGCUCUCAGAUAGCUUAACAGGGGGAACUACGACAGAUGGAAGAAAACUAAGUCUUGAAGGAACUAGCAUGGAAGUAGAAAGAUUAAGGAAAGGUAAACUGUCAAUUAUCAAGAUAUCAAUUGAAGACUCUUGAAACUUACAUUCUUCGGUUAAUUUUACAGUUUUUUUUGCUUACCUUAGGCCAUUUAAGCUCCCGGCUUUGGUCGCUCUUAUGUAUUCAGUUUUUCCUAGUGUGUGAUAUGAAAUAAAGUUCAGUUAAAGUUUAAGUUAAGAAAGAUUUUAUAACUUUGGAAAACAUCGUACAUAAUUUAAAAAUGAUGUGUCUCUGAAAUGUAAUAGUUUCUCGAAAGAGUAAUAUUUACGUCACUUGUGGUUAUAACUAGGCGCCAUUACUCUCCCUUGGUCAGCCGAAUCAGGCAGCUCUUAUCAUAGAAUACUAGGUCAUUUGCAUGAUGGCUUUCUUUUAGUAAUACUAACAGAAUCCAUUUCGUUUUUCUUCCUUUCAUAUUAAAAAAUUGGAGAUCCACGUGAGGUCUGAAUAUCUUAUAAACAAAAGCCCCCUCAUUUUCCACAAGAAAGACGCCUUCAGCAAACGACAAAACGCCCUUUAAAUGCAAAGACAAUCAUGGCAGUUAAAGACAUAACUUAUGCAAUUGACGAAAGAAAAGACUAGUUGGCAAUGUUAUGCGCAGUGCUAGCAAUCGCAGCGUAAAACAAGUCUAAGGAAUCGCUUCUUUUCUGUAGCUGAGCCGUUAAGGCGUUGCAAUUGCAAUCCCGAGGCCCCUAUAGUCCAAGCCCUGACCUCCAGCUAAAUUUGUUUCUUGGUAGUUCCAAGUUCAACUCGUCGGAAGCGCUUAUAUAUAGCUACUUAGCCUUGUUUUAUUUGGAAUAUUUGUUUCCGUUAUUCUCGGUUCUGUUAGCUUUUAUGCUAUAGAAAUACUGCCGCGAUUGUAAAUAAAUUAUGUGUUUUAACUUAUGAAGUAACACUGUCAGACACCUGUAUGAGGACAGUCAUAAAGAAAUUACAAUAUAUUUCAGGUAUUGUUUUUGUUAACAGCAUUUUUAGAAAUCGAUGACAACGUAGAUCUUGCCCAGAAACCCAUGGAUCAUCAAGAGAAAGCCAUGGAAUCUUUAAAGAAAGGUAUACUAAACAUGUGGCCAGUCUCUUUCAUUACUCACCGGGCAUGGUUAUCUUUAAGUUAUAGCCGAACCCAGAUCAGAGAGAAAAGACGUUGGCCUAUAGUUAAGGUCGAAAUUUCGAUUCUGAAAACCUUGACAAUCGGUCGGUGACUAUAGUAUUUGAAAGUCAAGGACGACUUUUUGCCAUCUUUGUAUAUCGUUUGUCGAUAUUUGAGUUUCCUCAAAUUGCAUAAAAGGCAAUAAGGUAGUGACAAAGACCUUCUAUCCACAAUUUGGCUUGCUUUCAAAGUCUUCUGAAGUCUCUUUUAGCCUGGAACAGAGAAUUUCUACUCUGGAGGGAAAAUUCAAGUACUACAAAUAACCCACUACCCCACUAGCCUUAGCCCUAGUAAAGGAAAGUAGGAGACCACACCAAAAAUCACGACCUAUAUAUUUACCUUUGCUCUAUCUCGACAUUAUAUUGUUUUAAAGUGUGGCUGACUGACACGAGUCACAGACAUACAAAAGAUGAGGGGUUGUGUCAUUUCAAUGAUAAAAUGGUCUAUUUCUUAUUGGACAAACAGCUCUACGUUCUGUUGAGGACGAGGAACAAGAUGAUCGAAAGAUAAGAGACAUUGAAUCAGGUAAGAACCUCUUUUGAAUCUAAGCCCCUAGUUACGUUAUUCUACAGGGCGUGGAACCAGCCAACUUCAAGUUUGUCUAAAAGCUUGGAAGUUAACUAUUUGUUGUUUUUGAAUAGAAAAAAAGGGGGAAAAGGAUAGAAAACGAAGAUUUUGAGAAUUAUUCUUAGAACUUUUGCUUCCUUAUGACUUACUACGACAUGUCCAAUAUAUCCACUGUUCAAAGCACGCAUCACUUGAGCAUAUGGCAAACUAACACUGGUCUCCCAAAAGCUGACAAGGGGUCGUCAUUGCCAACGAGCAAAGGGUGAGGUGAUCAUUCAGUCUCUUUCGUUAUGGGCACCAAGUGGCCCUGUUCAUUCAAGGAAAAUGACAUUCCAAGAUAUAUAUGAUCUCGAGAAAUUCCCGGAUUUUCCAGGGAGGAUAUCUUGCGAACGUGAUGUUGAACAGAUUGAGAAUGCAUGGAAUAAGGGCCGAAUGAUGAUGAUGUUGACGUAAAUUAAUACUUACUGAUGGAGUAAUUACGUUUUUCAACAGCUCUGAGGUCCAUAGAAAGGGAGACUGCUUACCACGGUCAGUACCUUGUGAACAACACUUAUAUUAAUACUUCCUUUGCCAGUGUUAAAUACUUUGAUACUAUUGUGCGCUAUGAACUCAGCCAGCUGAACAGUCAACCCAGCACUUACUUCCUCCGGAUCCAGUACUCAGUACUGUGGCAAGCCACUUGUUUAUCUGGCUGUCAUUCGGUCGGUCAGACCGUCAAUCCAUCAGACUGUUUGUAAGGGGCAACACGUAAGAUCACAUAUCUUACCGUAAAAGGCUUCUCGAUUUUAGCCUCUAAACCGGCGCUUACUAAAUCACGCAUGAGUAAAACCCGCCCCAUUCUCAGCUAUCAAUCUUAGCUAUGGUUAUAUAUCACAGCUGUUGCACUUCAAAACCGGUCGGUCUAACAGGUUUUCUAGCCUUUGUAUAUGUCCCCUAAAAUUAUCAUCCAUUGAUCACAGUUUAAACUUUCUUCUUGUGCAGAGAGCAGAAAACGAACAAAUAUAGAGAAAGGUAAGUUAACUGAUGGUCUUUAGAAACAGUUUAGCUCAGCUUUUUUUCUGAACAAGUUCCCUGAGUGUAAAAAUAGAGAAAAGAAAACUGAAAGUUGCCAAGAAAAACUACUUUUAAAGAACUUAUCCUUAUAAGUUAGAGUCGCAGGAUGCAUUAUUUUUCUUGAAGGUAAGUCAAAUGCGUUUUUUACAACGGAUUAACAUAAAAAGUUAUUUUUGUUAUAAAUUUAAAAGUGAAGAAAAUUUUGACAAGCAUUUUUCCUUUUAGUUCUCAAUUUAGUGGAGGAGCACACUAAUCAAGGUAUGCAAUAUAGUCGCGUAGAAAAAAAAAGAGUUCUAUCGUUACGUAAAUGUUGUGGUUCAAUUUUCAGUGAAUUUUAUCCUUGGUUUAAAAUUUAUUUUCCUUUGUCUUGCGUAUGGUAAUGAAUUUAAAACAAACUGGGAAAUACAAAUUAAACCAAGGAUAAAAUUGAGCCACAACAUAAAUAUAUCAGAGAGUAACUUUUUAAAAUAUACAUUCACUCCAUUUGGACCGCGUUACUUGCAAUUGAGGGUUACAACUUGGUGUUACGGUGCACGAAUUUAUGCUAAUUAGUAUAUGCCAAUGUCUAUGUCAUAUAAUGAUAGUAUCAUGGAGUCAUGGUUUCAUAGGCCUCGUGGUGUCAGGGGUUUCAUAGUGUCAUGUGUUUCGUGGUUUCAUAGGUUCAGUGGUGUUAAUAGGUUCAUGGUUUCAUAGGUUUCGUGGUGUCAAUGGUUUCGUAGUUCCAUGGGUUUCGUGGUGUCAAUGGUUUCAUGGUGUCAAUGGUUUCAUGGUUUCAUAGGUUUCCUGGUGUCAAUGGUUUCAUGGUUUCAUGUGUUUCGUGGUGUCAAUGGAUACAUGGUUUCAUAGGUUUAGUGGUGUUAAUAGGUUCAUGGUUUCAUAGGUUUCGUGGUAUCAAUGGUUUCGUAGUUUCAUGGGUUUCGUGGUGUCAAUGGUUUCAUGGUUUCAUAGGUUUCCUGGUGUCAAUGGUUUCAUGGUUUCAUGUGUUUCGUGAUGUCAAUGGAUACAUGAUUUCAUAGGUUUCGUGGUGUUAAUAGGUUCAUGGUUUCAUAGGUUUCGUGGUGUCAAUGGUUUCGUAGUUUCAUGUGUUUCAUGGUUUCAUAGGUUUCGUGGUGUCAAUGGUUUCAUGGUUUCAUAGGUUUCGUGGUGUCAAUGGUUUCAUGGUUUCUUAGGUUUCCUGGUGUCAAUGGUUUCAUAGUUUCAUGGGUUUCGUGGUGUCCAUGGUUUCGUGGUUUCAUAGGUUUCGUGGUGUCAAUAGUUUCAUGGUUUCAUCGGUUUCGUGGUGUCAAUGGUUUCAUGGUUUCAUAGGUUUCGUGGUGUCAGUGGUUUCAUGGUUUCAUAGGUUUCGUGGUGUCAAUGGUUUCAUGGUUUCAUAGGUUUCGUGGUGUCAGUGGUUUCAUGGUUUCAUAGGUUUUGUGGUGUCAAUGGUUUCAUGGUUUCAUAGGUUUCGUGGUGUCAAUAGUUUCAUGGUUUCAUAGGUUUCGUGGUGUCCAUGGUUUCAUGGUUUCAUAGGUUUCGUGGUGUCAGUGGUUUCAUGGUUUCAUAGGUUUUGUGGUGUCAAUGGUUUCAUGGUUUCAUAGGUUUCGUGGUGUCUAUGGUUUCAUGGUUUCAUAGGUUUCGUGGUGUCAAUGGUUUCAUGGUUUCGUGGUGUCAAUAGUUUCAUGGUUUCAUAAGUUUCGUGGUAUCCAUGGUUUCAUGGUUUCAUAGGGUUCGUGGUGUCUAUGGUUUCAUGGUUUCAUAGGUUUCGUGGUGUCAAUAGUUUCAUGGUGUCUUAGGUUUCGUGGUAUCAAUGGUUCCAUGGUUUCGCGGUUUCAUAGGUCUCCUGGUGUCAAUGCUUUCAUAGAUUCAUGGGUUUCGUGGUGUCAAUUGUUUCAUGGUUUCAUAGGUUUCGUGGUGUCAAUAGUUUCAUGGUUUCAUAGGUUUCGUGGUGUCAAUGGAUACAUGGUUUCAUAGGUUUCGUGGUGUCAAUGGUUUCAUGGUUUCAUAGGUGUCCUGGUGUCAAUGGUUUCAUGGUUUCAUGUGUUUCGUGGUGUCAAUGGAUACAUGGCUUCAUAGGUUUCGUGGUGUUAAUAGGUUCAUGGUUUCAUAGGUUUCGUGGUGUCAAUGGUUUCGUGGUGUCAAUGGAUACAUGGCUUCAUAGAUUUCGUGGUGUCAAUGGUUUCAUAGUUUCAUGUGUUUCAUGGUUUCAUAGGUUUCGUGGUGUCAAUGGUUUUAUGGUUUCAUAGGUUUGGUGGUGUCCAUGGUUUCAUGGUUUCAUAGGUUUCGUGGUGUCAAUGGUUUCGUCGUUUCUUAGGUUUCGUGGUGUCAAUGGUUUCAUGGUUUCAUAGGUUUCGUGGUGUCAAUGGUUUCAUGAUUUCAUGUGUUUGGUGGUUUCAUAUGUUUCGUGGUUUCUAUGGUUUCAUGGUUUCAUAGGUUUCCUGGUGUCAAGGGUUUCAUGGUUUCAUGGGUUUCGUGGUGUUAAUGGUUUCAUAGCUUCAUGGUUUCAUGGUUUCAUGGGUUCCGUGGUGUCGAUAGUUUCAUAGGUUUUGUGGUGUCAAUGGUUUCAUGGUUUCAUAGGUUUCAUGGGUUUCAUAGGUUUCGUGGUGUCAAUGGCUUUAUAGGUUUCAUGGUUUCAUAGGUUUCGUGGUGUCAAUAGUUUCAUAGGUUUCAUGGUUUCAUAGGUUUCGUGGUGUCAAAGGUUUGGUGGUUUCAUGGGUUUUGUGGUGUCAAAGGUUUGGUGGUUUGAUAGGUUUCACAGUUUCAUGGAUUUCAUGGUGUGAAAGGUUUGAUAGUUUCAUAGGUUUCACAGUUUCAUGGAUUCCGUGGUUUCAUAGGCUUCGUGGUGUCAAAGGUUUCAUGCAUAGUUUCUUAGGUUUAAUAGUUUCAUGGGUUUCAUGGUUUCAUAGGUUUCGUGGUGUCAAUGGUUCCAUAGAUUUCGUGGUGUCAAGGGUUUCUUUUUUUCAUAGGCUUCUUGGUGUGAAAGGUUUCAUGGGUCUCGUGGUUUCAAUGGUUUCAUAGUGUCAUGCUUAAUUGAAAAUAGUUAUUUCUCGGAUACAGGUUUCUUUUGUUUAAACAUAUUGUUUUCGUAGGACGCGACUACGUAACUUUUAUUGCUGUUGUUUGUAAUUUUGUUGUUCGUUAUAAAACUAAUUCUGUAAAAUAUUCAUUUCUCAUCAGGAUCUAUUGUAAACCGUUAAACGUUAAUUGUUAAUUACUAGAUUUUUCACAGUAGCUUUUAUUUGCGACACCUUGCGUUUGGAUAGGAUUUGUAAGUCGUAGGUAUUAAGAAGGGGCCACGUUGCUGGAAAGUUAGCACGGAGGGUGCGUUCAAGAGAUUAAGAGAGAAACUUUUAAAAGCUCACGCACUACUGAAAUCCUUCAGUAGAGGCGUUCUUGAUUCACGGCAAAGAAGUCAUUUUUCGUGGGAGAGCAAACAGAAGUGCUGUAAAAGUUGACAGAGCAGGAAUACAGAACGCCAAUACGGAGUACGGACAAGUACUUUGGUGAUCGAAAAAAUUUCUCCAAGAACGGUUGCAGAUUCGACGUCUGCUAAACACAGCCGACAUUUACGUUCUUGUUUGUUUCAAUAAGCCACUAAGCGGUUAGUUAUUGUGUCACGAUCAGCCAGUAACGAGCUGUGAUACAAGUGAAACGGCACCUACGAAUUAUUUCUCGUUUUCUUAGAGGAAUAUUUAUUCCAUGCGCAUGCAUGGAUGAGACUCCGAAGAAAGUUAUAAUAAGAAGCGAAUUUUUUUUGUUUUUUUUGUAGCUGUAAUUUAGGAAAGGACCAGAACUAAGUUCGUGUGUUUGGAAAAAGCGCAGUCGACAUCGCAAGGCUCAUCAAACGUGCUGUGGACGUUGAUGUGCCUUUGUGUACGUCAAAUUAAUUUUUUAUUUGCACAGCUGUCUUCCACCUGAGACGACUCAAACGUUUUGAAAAAAUCACAGUAAUGAUGCAAUAGAGCUUUAGUCAACUGUAUAGUUUUUUGGGAAGUUGUUGUAAGUAUAAAAUAGUCUGCUUUUCUUUGAGAGACUUCAGACAACAGUCUCCUAUACGAGCGCGGAGCGGUUUUCAGCACGGUCAAUAUCAAUUACUAUUAAAUCUGUAUAUAUUCGAAGUAAUAAGAAAAGAGAACUUGUAAACUUGUAUAGGGAAGAUUUUCAAAGCAUUCUUCGAAAACAAAGGCCGUUUCCUUUUUUUGCGAAUGUAAUUCCACCAAGGUCAUGGGUCGCGGACCAAGGACUUAAACCAAGGAAUUAAACUAUCAAGGUUCAAUAGAAACGGUGGAGUCCUUCCUCACACAAAGCCUGUGGUAUAAUUCUUUGAUUAGAGUUAUGGACAAACUGGUCUUCUAUAAAAGUUGGUAUCAAAUGGGCAUUUCUCAGGUGAAUCAAAUCGUUAAGGAAAAACCAAGUACUUUUUUCUUGUCACCAACAGAAUUUGAAGAAAAAGUAUCAGACAAAGGUUUGCCCUUUGACAUUCUAUGGAAUGACAUCUACCCUCCGAGAGCUCUGGAAAAAUCAAAAACUACCAAAUGUACCACUAAACUGUAUGGAACAAGAGUCUUUCACAACCACCUUUUUAAAAUCGAAAAAGCCCAGCAGACUAGCUUAUCAAAAACUGGUGGAAUUAAAAUGUAACUAUAAAAUUUCUAGUCAGGAGAAAUGGAGCAAAGUUUUCCCAGAAGCUCGUGAUUUAAUCUGGCAAAACUCAUAUAUGACCGCUUUUAAAUGUACCAAAAGCACCAAACUGACUGAAUUUCAGUUUAGAUUCCUUCAUCAAACUUUGGCAACAAACGUAUCUUUAGUCAAAAUGGGAUACAAAGAUGACAUUAGGUGUUCACUUUGCCAUGAAGAAGCGGAAAACUCUGGUUCUGCAGCAAAAUAGAACUUUUCUGGAAACACCUUAUUGCCUUUCUAACGGAUCGUAAACUUUUAUCCAACGACUAUCUCCUUAACAGUCUUGUCGUCUUGGGUCCGAUGCCUGAUACUUCCAAAAACAAAGCCGCAAUUAACUUCGUUCUGUUACUUGCGAGAUUCUACAUUUGGCUUUGCAGAAGCAAAAGAAAUAUUCCAACUAUUCCAACUAUUCUCGCUCUUUUUACACUUUCCUUCCUGCCAGACAUUUCCUUCCUAUUUUCCUCGCUUCAACAUUCAAGGCAUAUAAAGCUAAUUUUCAGUGAAUCAGCAGAGAAAAUAUCUUUAAUCUCUUUUUUCUCCUUUGAGUUAAAACUACAGUUAACUAAAAUUUACCAUACUUUCCCGCCCCCUUUAUUUUCUGGUUUUUGUAGCGUAUGUAAUCCGUAUUGUAAGUAGUGCAAGUAGCUGUUAUACAUAUGUAAAGCGUGGAGUAUAGCACUGUUAGCAGUGUAAGUAUCUCAUUGUAAGUAAGUAUUGCAAGUUUUGUAUCGUAAGUAGAGUAUAGUAUUGCUCGUAGCGUAAGUAUCUCACAUUGUAAAUAAGUAUUGUUUUGUAAGUAGAGUAUAGUUUUGUUAGUAGCGUAAGUAACAUACAUUGUUUGUAAGUAAGUAUUGUAAGUAAGUACUUUGUAAUUGCAAGUGUUUUAAAUAAAUUAAAUUGAAUUUAAAAAAUACAUAUCACUGAGCACUACAGCAGGAAUACAAAUAUUUUCCAGCUUUGUAGAUUGAUCUUUCAUAAGAUUUACCAGGGGCGAAACAACAACAAUAAUGUCCAGGAGUUCCAAGCAGUGUCGCAAACAAGCGGCAAAGCUUGAUACAUAAGGGAUUUACCAAAUCCCGUCGGCAAAUUUAUGAACUGAUCGGUCUUCUCUAUAAAAUUUGCAGGAUAGCGUCUCUCUGAUACUUGUUUAACUCUGCAUUCAUUACAAAUUUCUCGCACACCCGAUCAAAAGCCUCACUGAUCGGUGAACGUAAAUGUCGGCUGUGUUUAGCAGACGUCCGUGGGGGAGAAAUGAACGCGUGACGAACAAACCCCAAAGGACGUCUGAGGGGAGGCUACUUGACACCAAGAGGCCUAUGAAAGCAUGAAACCUCUGACACCAUGAACCCCAUGAAACCACGAGACCUUUCACACCAUGAAACCUAUGAAACCACGAAAUCAUUGACACCACGAAACCUAUGAAACCAUGAGACCCUUGACGCCACGAAACCUAUGAAAUCAUGAAAACAUUGACACCACGAAACCUAUGAAACCAAAAACAUGAAAAAAUGAAACCAUCUACACCACGAAACCUCUGAAACCAUGAAACCAUUGACACCACGAAACCUAUGAAACUAUGAAACCCUUGACACCACGAAACCUAUGAAACCAUGAAACCAUAGAAACCACGAAACCUAGGAAACCACGAAACACGUGAAACUAUGAAACCAUUGACACCAGGUAACCUAUGAAACCACGAAACCUAUGGAACCAUGAAACCAUUGACACCACGAAACCUAUGAAACCAUGAAACCAUUGACACCACGAAACCUAUGAAACCAUGAAACCAUUGAAACCACCAAAACCUAUGAAACCGUGAAACCAUUGACACCACGUAACCUAUGAAACCACGAAACCUAUGAAACCGUGAAACCAUUGACACCACGAAACCUAUGAAACCACAAAACCAUUGACACCACGAAACCUAAAAAACCACGAAACCAUUGACACCACGAAACCUAUGAAACCAUGAAACCAUUGACACCACGAAACCUAUGAAACCAUGAAACCCUUGACACCACGAAACCUAUGAAACCAUGAAACCCUUGACACCACGAAACCUAUGAAACCAUGAAACCAUUGACACCACGAAACCCAAGAAACCAUGAAACCAUUGACACCACGAAACCUAUGAAACCAUGAAACUAUUGACACCACGAGACCUAUGAAACCAUGAAACUAUUGACACCACGAAACCUAUGAAACCAUGAAACCAUGGACACCACGAAACCUAUGAAACCAUGAAACUAUUGACACCACGAAACCAUUGACACCACGAAACUUAUGAAACCAUGAAACCAUUGACACUACGAAACCUAUGAAACCAUGUAUCCAUUGACACCACCAAACAUAUGAAACCAUUGACGCCAGGAAACCUAUGAAACCAUGAAACCAUGGACACCACGAAACCUAUGAAACCAUGAAACCACUGACACCACGAAACCUAAGAAACCAUGAAACCAUUGACACCACGAAACCUAAAAAACCAUGAAACCAUUGACACCACGAAACCCAUGAAACUAUGAAACCAUUGACACCACGAAACCUAUGAAACCAUGAAACUAUUGACACCACUAAACCUAUGAAACCACGAAACACAUGAAACUAUGAAACCACUGACAUCACGAGACCUAUGAAACCAUGACUCCAUGAUACUAUCAUUAUAUGACAUAGACAUUGGCAUAUACUAAUUAGCAUAAAUUCGUGCACCGUAACACCAAGUAAUAACCCAAUUGAGCGACGUGAUGAGGGUCCGUCCCCCGGGGCUAAUUCAGGAUUAUACUAGCCUCCCUGUAGAUUUUUUACAAUAUCAUUUGGUCUAAUCAUAACUUCAGAGUAAAGACCUAAUAAUAUUUAUAAUCUCCAGUUACAUGUUCCUAGUCAGGAAAACUUUGUUUACUUUUUAAAUUAACCCUGGGUUUAAUUCAACCAUCUUUUGGGGAAACUUGUGUAAUGGCGCCGUCAUCACUUUUACGACGAACGUUUUACAUGAUUCUAGAAUUGAGGAAGUUGCUCAGGAAGGAUGACAAACGUGUGAAGUCAUAACCCUGACAAGGCUGCCAUAGAAUAGAUAGCAUAGACCCUUCACAGUGCAUAUUAGAACAUAUAUUAGAAUGUUUCUUUUUUUUUCGUGUGAUUAUCGAGUUCGAUUGCAAUAGAGUACAAAUAAGUUCAACAGACCCACUCCAAAUGUAUCACCUUUCAUCCCAAACAAGGCCGGGUGACAUUUUCUUGUUAAUCAGGUAUAACUACAGCCGACUUCUCCAGUUUCUUUAUCAAUUGAGACUAUGACUCUACGAGACUUUGAAGAGAGAUAACCACAGCAAAGGGGAGCCGUGAAAGAACCAAAAAAUCUUCAGUGAAAACGUCUUGAUUAUACAGGUUAACCUUCCCGAAUGAACUUAAUAUAAAUUUCCUGCAUAAAGAUGACUACUGUUAUUUUUCUGAAGCUUUGACACACAACACCACACCUAGAGAAGGUGGAAGAAAUGGUUUGACUGUGUCUUUACCAGAUGAAGCCAAGAAAAUCAAAGAGGGACGCACAAUAAACCUCAAGACCAGCCAGGGGAGAAAACGUGUGUUCAUUCCUAAAGGCUGGAUGUUUUGCACUGUUUCACCUUUUAAGUGUUAUUCCACGAACAGCAGGAAAAAGAGUAAGGAAACGUUCUCUUUGGCUGCGUUAGGGAAUUUUAUUUUAUUUUCUUGUACCUUAGUUUAAAGGGGCUACGUCACGCUAUUUGUGCAUGUUGUCUUUUCACAAAAGUUAAACUAUCUUCAAGUCAAUCGAACUCCAAAAACAACGGUCCGGUUUUAUUGUUUAAGACUAUAUUUAAGGCUGGUUUUCACUAGCGACGGAGUCGGAGUCAGAGUCGUAAGCGGAAUCAUAAAAGCGCUUAUGACCUGGUGAAAAUCAAAAAUCGGAGUCGUAAGCGGAGUCAUAAGUACGAUGGAAUAGGAGUCAGAAGAAUCAUGCAGAACGUUUCCAUCUCUUCCGACUCCGCUUACGACUCCGUCGCUUACGUUCCGUUCCAGAUUGUCGGUGUCGGAAGCAGAAGCGGAAGGAUAAACCAAUCACAAUGCACGUUCCCACGCUUCGUGAUUGGUUUUUAAAGGUCACUAGCUCAUAAAUUAAGCUCUUGGCUUCUGAUUACGACUCCGACUCCUUCGCUAGUAAAAACAAGCCUUUAGGAGUUGAAAAUUUGUCCAGUUGUCUGUUACAAAGGAUGGCAAGGAGGGACGUGCACGGAAUGAAACUUGAAAAAGUUGGACCAACUUUUUCAGAGAGAAUCGUGCUUGAUAAAUACUUGCGUCGAUUUCCCCAACCUGCGUUUUGCUGCAGGCAAAUCAUCCACUUUAGGGACUUUUUUCUUUCAAUUUUAGGGCGAAUCAAGAAGAGACACAUCCCCGUAAGAGUUAGUGGAAAACAAACAGUUUGAAGAAAUCGUAAUCCUUCUACAGUCAAAUUGACCUUCAAUAAGGAUCAUAAUGGACCAGCCAGAAUGCUGAAAAUAUUUGGUGGUGGCUUUAGAGUAGUAGCACUCCCGUCCCAGAGCUGUGAUCCUUGUUGCGAGAAUUGAAAGCUCUUGCUGGGGUCGAAGUAGGAAGUGCGCAAUUCACGGACUUCCCAUAUUUUGCACAGCCUCAGAAAUCGAGACAACCACGGUUACCUUCUAUUAUUAAAGGGAGUCUCAGCAAGGCUCUCGAUUCGUGGCGCUGACCACAAGGAUGGCAGCUCCUGGAAGAGAAUGGAGUGGUCCACAUUGAAUCUGUAUAUGAUUGUUUCAUGAGAGGUCAGUAAGCAAAGCACACAGUAGUCACCACCUGAUAAAUCAUCAGUGGACUUAUGCGUCACUUGAUUAACUAAUGAGCUUGCUUAGUAGCUGAUCUGGAGUGCAGCGUUCACCUCAC